AGUCCAGACCCAGAUCAGGUGGAACGAGACGGAGAGCGAAAUGGAAGUGCCGUGCUUCUUGGGGAUGACAUGAAAGAUCUUGCCAGACCCAGAAUCGUCUAAAACAAAAACUGCCCUCUACACUUCACCAGAAUCGUCAUCAGAAGUUGACAGCCAAAAGAGAAGGGAGAACACAAAAGGAGGAAAAUCCCACCUUUCGUGGCACCCAUGUGAUUCAUGUUCGUUCUGGGUCGCAUCGACAUAGCUGAAGCUGAAGAAUUUGAGUGGGAAGAGUGAGAGAGAGAGGGAGAGAGGAGUGAGGAGGGUGACGAAGAAUGGCAGGAGAUCCAAUGGAGGGAGACACGGAGAUGGGGGAGAGCGAGAGGGAGACGCAAGAAAGAGACGCUGGGUGGGAGUUGCUGGCCAUGGCACGCCAUCUCAUUGAUCAGGGCAAGCCCUCGCAGGCUCUCCAAGCGGUAGUGAUGGCAACAAGGGCUAAAGGAGGGGACCAGGCCGUGAUCGAAUUCUUGCAGCGUGCCCGUGAGCUAUACAGAAGCAAACUCCAAUCAACUUCUGCAGUCGAACAGCUGGCUUCCUUGUUCGCCGAGUGUGCGAUUGCCGAAGCACAACCUUUGGAGGCCAACCCUCCAACAGUUACUGCAAGUGGUCCAUCGAUCGAGCCAGAUGGUCAUGGAAAUUCCAUACUGGCAGAAACUGGAAGGAAUCAGGUUGUACUGGAUGCUUUUUCCGACGGGAGCAGUUUCAUCUGCUUGCAGUGUGGUGGUCUUGUUAGUAACCACCGUAGAGAUGAGCACUAUGCCUAUUGGUGUGGUUGAUCAGAUGCUUGAUCACAUACACUGUCUUGGUUGAAGUUGCCUGAGCCUUUAAUGGAUUUGCUCGUUUAGCUACAUACUUCUAUCAGAUGCCAGAAAUUUUGACUUAGAUGCCGGACAAUGGCAACUUGUGAAAAAGCCAUUUGGCGCCUUGUGGGCAAUUGGGUGCUCGUAAUCUGGAUCAGCUCGAAGCUCAUACAACUUGUUCCGAUGAAGUAAUUAAGAAAAUUAUGCUCCUGCAUUACAAUAGUGGAAGUUUGUGAAAUAAGGACAUAGGAUUAAGAGGGGACAGUUUCUUCCUCAAUGCAGAGUUUGUAUUUGUCCGGUUUGUCAUACCGCGAGAUCUCUCUUUCAUAGCUUUCAGAUGGGCGUCAGCGUAUUUUGGUUAGGCUGUACACCACGGUAUGCAGCACAUUGAAAAAUGUUUACUUACCAUCUUGGAAUACCGUUACCAUCCAGUUUUGCAUGGGUUCUAAGCUUUUAUAGUGACUGGAAGUAGUCAUUUUCAGCUUUUGCCAAAUGAGUUUGUAACAGGCUCUGCUGUGUCACAUCUUGGCAACCCAACUAUGAUUAUUCCAUGGGACCACAAAAGAAAGAUUGUGAUGAUACAGUGAGGAAAAAGGUAAAAUGUAUACGUCGCACGGCCAAUGUAUCAACAGGUCUUGUUGAUACAAGACCCGUUUUACGUGCGUGACGAAGUUAUUCCUUUUAGAUUGUAUUUUACUUAUGAAUCACUCGAAAUGAUCUCUCACUUGAUAUGGGACUUAAGCUGUCACAUCUACAAAGUUGAAGCCAGUAAUAUUCUAUUUCUU